AUGGCUGCAGCCGCCGCCGCCUGCCCGCCCGUGAAGAUUGGAAUUAUCGGAGGGACCGGUCUGGACGACCCAGACAUAUUAGAAGGACGAACGGAAAAAUACGUUGAUACGCCUUAUGGAAAGCCAUCAGAUGCUCUGAUUUUGGGGAAGAUAAAAAACGUUGACUGUGUGCUUCUAGCCAGGCAUGGAAGGCAUCACACCAUCAUUCCGUCACAUGUCAAUUACCGGGCCAAUCUGUGGGCUCUGAAGGAAGAGGGCUGCACUCAUCUGCUGGUGACCACAGCCUGUGGUUCUUUGAGAGAAGAGAUUCAGCCUGGAGAUGUUGUCAUAAUAGAUCAGUUCAUAGACAGGACCACCAAAAGGCAUCUCACCUUUUAUGAUGGGAGCUGUCCCGGCCUCCCGGGAGUCUGCCACAUCCCUAUGGCAGAACCUUUCUGCGCCAAAACUAGAGAGGUCCUUAUGGAUGUGGCCAAGAAGCUUGGCAUCAAGUCCCACUCCAAAGGGACCAUGAUCACCAUCGAAGGGCCGCGUUUCAGUUCCCGAGCUGAGAGCCUCAUGUUUCGCAGCUGGGGAGGCGACGUCAUCAACAUGACUACAGUCCCCGAAGUGGUUCUUGCCAGGGAAGCUGGUCUCUGCUAUGCAAGCAUUGCCAUGGCCACAGACUACGACUGCUGGAAGGAACACGAAGAAACAGUUUCGGUGGAUAAAGUGUUGAAGACAUUGAAGGAAAACGCCAAUAAAGCAACGAGCUUGCUGCUGACUACUAUACCCCUGAUCGGUUCCAUGGACUGGGCAGAAACCCAGCAGAACUUGAAAAAUACUCUGCAGCUGUCAGUUAUGCUACCAAAACAUUAAAAGCAUGGCAAGAUGCUCUGAAGCUGAUUUGAGAAGAUGCAUCUUUUGAGAACAUGGCAAUGCCCUCAAAUUAUAUGGUUAAAAUAUGCAGCAUUUUCAUUCUAUCUGCUAAUACUUUUCGUUUCGGCACAAAACGUGUAGAGGUUAAGGAGUGGAACAUGCCCACCAGACUGGGAAUUUAAUUAAUUGCGGGAACUGACUACCACCCAAUAGGAAUUAUUAGCAAACAUUUAAUAAUCUUGUUUAUAGACAUGGAACAAGAAAAUAAGAUAUCAUGGUAUGCAGUUCUGACAAGUUCUUGGCUCAUCACCCAUCUCAAAGAUGUCAAGGCAUAGGCUAGAUGACAGCCUAUACUCUUUAACUACUCCAGACAGGGAAGAAAACAACCCAGAAACCAAAACCCAAAAUCUUGUAAAUCAGUUGAAUUGAUAUGUCUUUGUUCAGUGGCAUUUUUUAAAAUGCAAAGGAAUGGUUUUUUUGAACUGU